GCCAUUAAUUAGCGUCGCGACGCUCUGUGUCACGCAGGGGUGGUGGUAGAAAGGCUCCGGUUAUAAAAGAGAUCGCGCAAAGUCGUCCAAGCAGUCCGGUGGUGGUUCAUCGGCAAGAACUCUUCGCGUGAGUGGUGCGAUCGAUAGAUACUUAACGCAAAAUGUCCACAACUGGGCCAGAAAUAAUGUCUGGAACGGUCGCCGCAGCAUCAUCGGCCUCCGGAUUCUCGGCAACUGCAGUCUUCCUGUCUCUUCUUAUUCCUGCAUUGGCACUCUACUAUGUCUACUUCAGAAUCUCUAGGCGUCACAUGCUCGAAUUGGCCGAAAAGCUGCCAGGUCCUGCAGGUUUGCCCAUCAUUGGAAACGCCCUUGAAUUCCUUGGCAGUUCCGACACCAUCUUCCAAAACGUUUACCAGAGAUCAUUCGAAUACAACGAAGUGAUCAAGCUAUGGAUCGGCCCCAAACUGAUCAUCUUCUUGGUGGACCCACGGGACGCCGAAAUCAUUCUCUCUAGCCACGUGUACAUCGACAAAUCUGACGAGUACAGGUUCUUCAAGCCAUGGCUUGGAAACGGUCUCCUCAUCUCCACUGGUCCAAAAUGGCGUGCUCACCGCAAACUGAUCGCCCCGACCUUCCACUUGAACGUGCUGAAGAGCUUCAUCGACCUGUUCAACGCAAACUCCCGCGCCGUCGUCGAGAAGAUGCGCCAGGAGGGCAACAAGGAAUUCGAUUGCCAUAACUACAUGUCCGAACUUACCGUCGAGAUCCUUCUGGAGACCGCCAUGGGAGUAUCCAAGUCCACCCAGGAUCGUAGCGGAUUCGAAUACGCCAUGGCUGUGAUGAAGAUGUGCGACAUCCUCCACCUCCGUCACACCAAAGUAUGGCUCAGGCCCGACUGGCUGUUCAACCUGACCAAGUACGGCAAGAACCAGAUCAAACUGCUCGAAAUCAUCCACGGACUGACCAAGAAGGUCAUCCAACGCAAGAAGGAGGAGUACAAGACCGGCAAACGUAACAUUAUUGACACCAGCGUACAGAAGGCUGACUCCAAGGCUACCACCGUCGUGGACGGAAUUUCCUUCGGCCAAUCGGUCGGCAUCAAGGACGAUCUCGACGUAGACGACGACGUCGGCGAGAAGAAACGUCAGGCUUUCCUGGACCUCCUGAUCGAGGCUGGACAAGAGGGUGUGGUCCUCAACGACCAGGAAGUCAAGGAACAAGUGGACACCAUCAUGUUCGAGGGACACGACACAACCGCAUCCGGAUCUAGUUUCUUCCUUACGAUGAUGGGUUGCCACCCGGAGAUCCAAGAGAAAGUGAUCCAGGAGCUCGACGAGAUCUUCGGCGACAGCGACAGGCCAGCCACUUUCCAAGACACUCUGCAGAUGAAGUACCUGGAGCGUUGCCUCUUGGAAACGCUUCGUAUGUACCCACCUGUGCCCGUCAUUGCGCGUGAGAUCAAGACAGACUUGAAACUGGCGUCAGGAGACUACACCGUACCAGCCGGCAGCACGGUUGUCAUCGGUACGUUCAAGAUGCACAGACAGCCACACAUCUACCCGAACCCGGACGUCUUCGACCCGGACAACUUCCUGCCCGAGAAAACCGCCAACCGUCAUUAUUACGCGUUCGUGCCCUUCUCUGCCGGGCCACGAUCCUGCGUGGGCCGUAAAUACGCGAUGCUGAAGCUGAAGAUCGUCCUCUCGACGAUCCUCAGGAACUUCCGCGUGAGAUCCGACAUCAAGGAACCCGACUUCAGGCUGCAGGCCGACAUCAUCCUGAAGAGAGCCGAAGGAUUCAAGGUGAGGCUCGAGCCCAGGAAACUGGUAGCGGCGACAGCUUAAACCGGAAUACGUGUGCGGACGAUGUUUGUAAAAAAAUGAUUGUUUA